UAUUUAAAUUAUCCCAAAUCAUGGUCACCAUAAGAGCAGCUACAGUGCAACCUUCAAUCUGUGCUCAGUAGACAGACACAGCCGAUAUGGGUGACGUUACUUUGGAAUUCCUUCAGGAGCUGCUUAAGGACGAUUAUCCUGAUGUCACUAUUCAGGAUUUUGAGGGCGCCCCAGGUACUAAACGCGGAGACAACUACACAUCAAUGGUAUUUCGCAUCCAACUGAAAGGCAUCCAGCAGGAUGUCUCCGGCGAGACAGUCCCUUGGUCCGGCUCCAUUAUCUACAAGUGUCUGCCCGACAGCAUUGAGAGAAGAAAAACCUUCAAAAGCGAAGAGUUGUUCUGCAAUGAAGUGGCCUUUUACAACAAGAUCUGGCCAGCUUUGGAUAACUUUCAACGGCAGCGAAAUAUCAAGAGUCCCUUUAAGGCGAUACCGAAGUGCUAUCUAGCGCAGGACGAUCUGGUAAUUUUAAAGGAUUUGAAGCAGCAGGGGUUUGUGAUGCCAGACAGAAGACAAGGACUUACUAUCGAGCAGUGCUAUUUUGUGCUCAAGAACCUAUCACAGUUCCACGCUCUGUCACUGGCGAUGAAGCAUUACAACCCAGAAGCUUUCUACGAUCUAAUUGACGUACACGACGGCAUCACUGAAGUAUUGUUUUCAGGGGACAACGAAGAGUAUUACAAGUCCUACUACAGAGAAGCGAUGCACAACGCUUUAGACAUGGUCGAAGAAGGGCUGGCAGACUCUGAAGACAAGGAAAAAUAUCUGUCGAAAUUUCGUGAAUUCUGCAGUGAGGAUACCUUCUUCCAAAUGAUGGUUUCCUUGGUGACGCCACGGGAGCCAUUAGCUGUAAUCAACCAUGGGGAUUGUUGGACCAACAACUUCUUAUUCCGAUACGUGGAUGGUGAUAUAGCUGAGAUGGUCACAGUAGACUUCCAACUAGUCCGAUACUCGUCUCCGACCGUGGAUUUAGCCUACCUUCUCUACCUCUGCUUGUCAAGAGAGCAAAGGACGGAGCAUCUGCCGUCUCUCCUAGAGUAUUAUACCGAGGAGCUGCAUAAGAGAUUGGUAGAGCUGAGCGAUGAUGGGGCGGCGUUUAUGGAUAAAAAGACGCUAAAUGAAAUGUUCCAAGAAGAGUUUCACCGUAGCGGUAAAUUUGGCCUCGGAGUGGCUCUGGACAUGUACCCGAUCAUGACUUGCAACAGUAAUGAGGCGCCUAAUGUCUACCAGGCUAAGGAUAGUGAAGUUGUACCUACUAAUGAAUCGACCCCAGUAUCCACGUUGAAUGCGGCGUGCAGGAAGAAAAUGACGGAUUUAGUCAGAGAACUCGUUGAUGGGGGAGUACUAUAAUAGUUAGUACUGUUAGUAGUUUUAAGUUUAAGUAAUUUUUUUUGUGCACAAAUUGGGCCUUCAAUCAAUUAGAACCUUCACGGAUUCUGAUAAUAGUGAAUAGGUAAAUAAAUAAUAAAUAAAUAUUUAGGACAUUUUACACAAAUUGACUGAGUCCCACGGUAAGCUCAAGAAGGCUUGUGUUGCGGGUACUCAGACAAGGAUAUAUAUAAUAUAC